CUUGGGCCGGGUUGUCCCCUUUGUUCUUCAGGUGUCUCUGCCAGGGAGGAUCCAGUCCCAGAGCAACUGGACACAGCUUUGUAGGAUGAAGAUUGAGGUUAUAAGAGACAGGAGUACUGAAGAAGAGGAAGGAAUGACUUCUGGGUUCACAGUAGCCAGAUCUCAGGAAUCAGUGACAUUCAAGGAUGUGGCUGUGGACUUUACCUGGGAGGAGUGGUGGCAACUGGACCUUACUCAGAGAGACCUGUAUAGGAAUGUGAUGCUGGAGAACUAUCGGAACUUGGUCUUCCUGGGGCUUCAGGUUCCCAAACCAGAGAUAAUUUCUAAGUUGGAGAGAGGAGAAGCACUAUGGAUGCUGGAAAAAGAAUUUCCAAGGGGCACACAUCCAGGUUCCAGGACUAGGUCUGAAACCAAGAAGACAAUUCCAAAGCAGGAUAUUUCUUUUGAAGAAGCGCUCCAGGAAAGAGCCACAAGGGAGGGUUUCUGGGACUUUGAGUUGGGAGAACUUCGUGAAUGUGAUAAUAGAUUUGAAAUGUCGCAGAGAAAUCAGGAGACAUGUUUGAAGCAAGAUAUAACAAUCUUGCAGAAGAAAAUUCUUGAGAAGAUGCAAUACAAUACAUUGCAUGAACCAAAUAUUGUUACACAGAAAUAUGUCCAUAAAUAUGAUACACAUGAAAAUAUCAUCAAACAGUAUUCAUUCCUAAAUAAAUGUACUAACAUUUCCACAGAAAUGAAAGAUUGUAUGUACAAUGAACAGAGUAAAGCAUUUAAUUACUUCUCAGGCCCCAUUAGAUAUCAAAGAAUUCUUUCUGGAGAAAAACCAUACAAAUGUAGUGAAUGUGAAAAAGCCUUCAGCCAGACCUUCAACCAAAACAUGAACCUUACUCGACAUCGGAGAAUCCAUACUGGGGAGAAACCCUAUAAAUGUAAGGAAUGUGGUAAAGCCUUCAGUGACAGCUCAUCCCUUGUUCUACACCAGAGAAUUCAUACUGGAGAGAAACCAUAUAAGUGUAGUGAGUGUGGGAAAGCAUUCAACCAGAAUACACACCUUACUCAACAUCAAAGAAUUCAUACCGGGGAGAAACCCUAUAAGUGUAAUGAAUCAGAAAUUCAUAAAGAAGAGAAACCCUAUAAGUGUACUGUAUGUGGUAAGCCCUUCAGCCAAAGCACAGGCCUUAUUCAACACUGGAGUAUUCAUACUGCAGAGAAACCCUAUAAAUGUAAGCCUUCAGUCAGAGUGGAAGCCUUACCCAAUGUCAGAGAAUCUGUAUCGGAGAAAAACCAUAUAAAUGUUGUGAAUGUGGAAAAGCUCUCAGUUAAAGCAUAUACCUUAUUCAACAUCAAAGAAUUUGUACUAGAGAGAAACCCUAUAAGUUUAAUCAGUGUAGUAAAGCCUUCUACUCACAUUGCAUAA